AUGCAGAUCACUACACUGGAGCAGGUGGCUGCAUGGCUGCGGGAGAAUAAUUGUCCAAUGACAUCUAUGGAGUUAUACUAUGAAUGGCGUAAUGUCCAUCAUGAGAGUUAUCAGCCAUUUCUUGAUAUUGCUGUGGCUGCUGCUGAAGAAGAAGAAGAAAAAGAAAAAGAAGAAAAGAAAACCCAUCAGAUAUCAUUAUCAUUAUCAUUAUCAUCAAAUACCUUCUCUACACAACAACGUGAAGGAAUAGUAAAAGAUACAGAAGAUUCAAAUACAUUAAUGGAACAGGCUCUAGUAGAUUUAUUAAUAAAAUAUGGAGAAGAAAAAGGAAUAACAGCCAUGUCAAGAGCCGUAAAGAAAGCAGCUAUACAACUUCAACAAGAUCAUUCCAGUCAUUCGCAAGAAGGAAGUUCUCAUCAUACUUCUAUUGGUACGGGUAUUAGUACAAUUACGAAUACAACGAUUACAAUGAAUUCAAGGGCAAAUAGGAUGUCUAUACAUAAUGAUCAAUCCACAUUGGGGACUCAACGCUUGGGGGAUUCAUCACCUUUAGGAAAAGAAAAUAAUAAUAAUAAUAGUAAUAGUAAUAACGUGAUUACUAUACUAGAACAGAAAUUACAUCAAAUAGAGGAUGAACGCACCAACACCACAAAUAUACUUUCUGAAAGACUUCCAAUGUUAAUACGUGUAGUAGAUCCUAUGCAAAAAGAUAUACUUAUUCCACUUAUUAGUUUAAAUGCAACUCUUAGUAAUACCACAGCUGGAAAAGCCGCUUCUCGUCUUUUACUUCUUACACUUUACACACGUCCAAAUCGUGAACAUCGUGCGAUAGUUUCAGAAGCAUGGGCAAGAGCUUUAAAAGAUGAUUCCUCUUCAUUAUCUGAAAAUGAAAUCGUACCAGAGUUAUUUAAUUUAGCAAAUGCAAAAUCUGUGGAAAGACGUAUUUUAGCAUUAAGUUGUUUAGAUGCUGUGGCUCCUUAUCUCACAAAUAGUCCUUCUCAACGACGGUCUAUUUGUCAGGGUUUAUUAUUUCCACUUAGUAAAGAUGAGUCUAGAACGGUACGGUGUCAUGUUGUUCAAUGUCUUGUGGAUGUUUGGCCUAAAAUAUCAGAUAAUGAUAAUUCUUUGGAAUUUGAUAAGAAACAACAACAACAAGAAGAAAAUAAUAAUAAUAAUAAUAAAGAUGAUGAAGAAGUGGAUUUAUGUCUCUCUUACUUUGUAGAAUUACUCCUACAUCUCGCUUUACAUGACUCCAGUCUUACUGUACAAGGUCGUGCUUUUCAAAGUUUACGUUCUCAACUUCUUUCAAGUCAUGUCCCUCGUCGUCUACUUCUUACUCGUAUUAUUCCUUUAUUAUUAUCAUUUCUCGAAAGAGAAUCUUAUGUAGCUGGGACUAUGGAAUCUUCUUUACAAUCUCUUCCACUGGGGAGUAAAACCACUCCCGUUACGGCAAAUACACCUACACCUACUACACCUACACCUACGAGUUCACCUGGUACGGCUGGUAUUGUGGGAAAGAAAACAGAUACGGUAGUUACUGUGAGUAUUAAGAAUACAUUAGUACUUGCCAGUUUAAUUGGAGAUAUACUUCGCUAUGCAAGAGAAGGUGGUGAGGAUGAUAAUGAGGAUAAAAAUAAAACCACUUCCUCUGGAGAUGGUGUGAUGCCUUCUGUUUUUGAAGCCUAUCUACGCGUGGUAUUACCUUCUACAUGUGCUUUGAUAUUAUGUAGUCUUGAUCAGGAAACAACAGAUACAUCUAUUUGUGCUGUGGCAUCUGCAUUAGCUGUGAUGAUUCCAGCUUUACGUUUAUCUCAAUGGAAACGUGUUCGGGCUUUACUUGGUUUAACACUUACAGAAGCCCUUCAAAUUGUUCGUAGUGGUAAUAUGGAUGAUAAUACUACUACUACUACUAUUAGGACUCCUACUAUUAGUAGUAAUAGUACGACUGCUGCUCUUCCUAUUAUCUCUAGCAUUAGUGGUUUUUAUAAUAAUAGUAGUAAUAAUCCUACUACUACUACUACUACUACUACUACUACAAAUAAUAAUAAUAGUGUGAGUGGAUUUACACCUGGUAGACCUGUUGCUGGUGUUUCUAUUACUAGUCGAAGAGAUAUUUUAUGUCGUGAUGGAUGGCGUCGACGUCAAAUGUGUUUUUUAUUUGCAUUUCUUACUUGUGUGGCUGGUGGAAAAGAUGCGAAUGGGAAGGCGGUGUCUAUAGACGCUGCGACUAUUGCCAAAGAUGCGGCUUUACUCUUACGAGAAACCCUUAUGAUGGCGAAAGAAGAAUGUGAUAAAAUGAUACAUGGAGGAAGACAAGAGAAAAAGGGGAAAUCUAUUCAUACAAGUGAACGAGAAGAUCAAGAGAUAUAUUAUGAACAUGAACAACCACAAAAAGAAAAAGAAAAAGGUGAUGAUGAUGAUGAAAUGAUGAUAAUGAGAAUGAUGAUGAUGAUGGAAUCCAAAGGUACAGAUCCUUGUGCUUGUUUAGAUGCCUGUGCCACCUCUCUUGCCUGUUUGGCUUCCUAUGUGGAUAAUACACAUGGAAGUGCAGCAGCCGUUUCAUCUCUUUUAUGUUCUCUUGCGGAAUCAUCAAAUGAAAAACAACGUUUACUCGCCGUUGUAUUAGUCUCACGUGUAAGUGGAUUACCAAAAGAUGAUCAUGUACGCGAAGUUUAUAUUUGGCCUCCACUCCUUACACUUAUGAAUGAUACGGUUUACACUGUACAGGAGGCGGCAGUAAUGGCGGCGGUAUCGAUGGUAACAGUCAUAACAACAGCCGCCACUCAAGAGAAAGUUCUCCGCACCGCAUUAGCGACGGUAGAAGCGGCUGGAUGUCCAUCUAAAUUGGCAGUGGCUUUUUUACGGCAUUGGUGUUCACUUAUGCGUGUGAUGCCGGCAGAACCUCAGGAGAAUCUCAUGUAUCCACAGUUAGCUAUUAUGAUUGAUCACUUAAAGAAUGUACUGUGUAAAAGUACUAGUACACCUUCCCUAUCUUCCCCCUCUUCUUCUUCCUCUUCACCGUCGUCAUUAAAAGGAGUUCAGACUUCUAUAAUGAAUAGUAAAGUGACGGAGGAUACAUUACAAGCCGUGUUGGAUGUUCUUGCGGCUAUUCCACAUUCAGCAGUCGUAACACCACAGUUAGUAAAGAGAUAUCUUAUUCCACGAAUUCAAUUAUUAACAUCAGUACCAACAUUAAAUGCAUCUAGUCGUUCACAACUUGUGAGUAUUGCGAAGGAGUAUGAUGCUGUAAUGGGAUCUGGUAGAGGAAUGCAAGGAGCUACAAAUUUUUUUGGUCGAGUACGGGAUGAAUUUAAGAAACGUUUCUAA